AUGGAGUUAACUGAUAGAAAUACAAAACAAGAUGCUGUCGGGAUUGUCAGCUCAAUUUUUGGAGCAGCCAAUCUCACUGGUUUCGGUACUCCUGAGGUUACUUCAAAGAUACUUACUGAACAAGAAGUGAAUGCUUCAUUAAUUGUUCAAAGGCUUCCAUUGAGUACAACAAUUAAAGGUUCUUCUCCUUUAAGCUCAGCACCCAGUUAUUUAACCUCCACUUUCUUGUCUGGGUUUUUAUCUAUGAAGUCUCUCUCAAAGGAUGUUGGGGCUAGUACUGGCUUAGUGACAUUAUUGAGUUCCAACUUACUUAUUUUGUACUAA